AUGUCACCCGCAGCGGUGCCCAGCACGAGCGCCAAAGUGUCUAGCGCCCUGGCACUGGCACGGCGGGCCGAGGACGACGAGGUGCGGCCGUACGUGAUCGUCAGCGACCUCGGCAAGGGCUCCUUCGCCACAGUAUACAAGGGAUACCACGAGGAGACGAGGCGGGAGGUGGCGAUCAAGACUGUCAGUCGCAGCGGGCUGAGCAGCAAGCUGUUCGAAAACCUGCAGAGCGAGAUCGAGAUCCUCAAGUCGCUAUCCCAUCGGCACGUCACGCGUCUCAUCGACAUCGUCCGCGCCGAACGGAAUAUAUACCUGAUCAUGGAGUACUGCGCAGGCGGCGAUCUGACCAACUACAUCAAGAAACGCGGUCGCGUCGAGAACCUACAGUACGUGCCCGAACCAGGCGCGGCGCCACAAUGGUACCCGCACCCGCGCACCGGCGGUCUGGCAGAGACGGUCGUCCGCAGCUUCCUUCGCCAACUGGCCCGCGCUCUCAAGUUCCUGCGCCAACGGAACCUCAUCCACCGGGACAUCAAACCCCAGAACCUCCUCCUCACACCCGCACCUCCCUCCGAACUCGCCCGCGGCCACCCCCUCGGCGUCCCCCUGCUCAAAGUCGCAGACUUCGGCUUCGCGCGCUCCCUCCCAAACGCAAUGAUGGCCGAAACGCUCUGCGGCUCGCCCCUCUACAUGGCCCCCGAAAUCCUCUCCUACAAGCCCUACGACGCCAAGGCCGACCUGUGGUCCGUCGGCGCCGUGCUGUACGAGAUGGCCGUCGGCCGCCCGCCCUUCCGCGCGCAGAACCAUAUCGAGCUGCUUAAGAAGAUCGAGGUGGCCAAGGCGAUCAAGUUCCCGGACGAGGAGCCGCCGAAGGCGGGCGUUAAGGAGGAGGACAGGCCCGUGCCCGUCCCGGAGGAUAUCAAGGCGCUUAUCAGGGCGUUGCUUAGGAGGAUGCCGACGGAGAGAGCAGACUACGACGCGUUCUUCAAGUCGCCCGCUCUGGCGAACUCGAAGUUCCCGCGCCCGGCGCCUGUCGAGCCACAGGUGUCUCAGGACGGGAGGGAGCGAACGAGGACGCAGAGUAGCUCUAAUGGAAACGUGAACGGGAAUGGGGUUGAGAAGGAGAGGGUGGAGUCGAGAGUUCCCGGGGAGAUUCUGGAGAGGCAUCUGGAUAUUCCGCCUGAAGUGCUCGAUCCCAAUACGCUCAUCCCGCCAAGCAAGUUCCGGUUCAGGAGGAGAGCGAGUAAUGCGCAGGAGGACCUGGCCCCGCCACCACCACCGCCCGCGCUUGAGCAGCCGAAGAGACCGAGAAAGGUUAGCGAGGGAGAGGUCAUACCCGGCGAGACGGAGGAGGAUGGGCUGUUGAGGAGAGAAUAUGUUCUCGUGGGCGAUACUCGCGCGCUGGAGUUCAACAAGGCCGUAGACGAGAUCACCGCCGCGCGUAGGCGCCCAGGUCCGCUCGUCGACCGACACGGAGCGCCCGCCCCAACACCACUCGCCCUCGCCCACUCCCCUCCAGACCCCGACUACUUCGCCGCCUCGCCCACCGCAGGCGCACCCCCACCCAACGCCAUUCGCUCCCGCCCUCCAUCCACAUCCGCCGCACCCAACUCAACAACACCAAUUCGCAUACCCGACCCUACACCCGGUCCAUCCUCAUCACCACCCACAUUCCCGCCACCUCCAAAUCCGCAACGCGCGAGCCCUGGCACGCUCGCGAGGAGCCCGAGCAAUGCGUUGAGCAGGGCGUUGAAUCUGGCGAGCAAGAAGCUGUUCGGGGCUGUACCUUCCAGUCCAACUAGCGGGAGCCCAUUGGCUGGGACACCUGGUAUAGGGCGAGAUAGACGGGACAGCGGGAGCAGUGCGGGCGGCGUAAACGGCUUCGCGAAUGGCGUCAACGGCGUGAGCGCGGAGGGAGACCCCGUCGAAGACGAGCUCCUCGCCGCGCUCGAACAGCUCGCGCAAAAGACGGACGUCAUCACGCGCUGGGCCGACGAGCUCUACGCGCUCGUCAAAGCCGUCCCGCAGAAACCGCUCCCCAACCCCAAAGACUUCGCCCCGCGCCCACACGAGUCCGAGAAGGACGCGCUCAAGCGCCAGCGGUCCGACGCGCAGGCGGAGUACAACGCCGUCACCUGCGUCGCGAUAUACAUGCUCGUCAUGUCCUUCAGCCAGAAGGGCAUCGACGAGCUGCGGCGGUACCAGAGCCACAUGGAGAUGCGGCAUCCGACCGGGGGCGCGGACGACGGGUUCGAGCUCAGCGCCGGGUUCGACGACGCGCUCGGGUGGUUCAGGGAGCACUUUUUGACUUGCAACGACCGCGUGGCGCUCGUGAAGACGUGGUUGCCCGCGUCGUAUGCGGGGCCGAGGAGCUGGGUCGACGAGCUCGUGUAUAACCGCGCGCUCGCGCUCUCGCGCGCUGCGGCGCGGAAAGAGCUGAUGGACUCCGCCGCGGCGCCGGACGAGUGCGCGCGGCUGUACGAGGACUCGCUGUGGUGUCUCUACGCGCUGCAGGAUGACUUGCUGCAGAAGGGCAACCCGUUUAUGGACGAGGACAGGGCGACGAUCGCGACGUGGAUUAAGCGGACCAAGUUAAGGCUGGUGAGGUGUAAGGAGCGGAUGGGGAUGAGGAGGGAGGAGCGGAUGAGGGAUGUGCAGGCGGAUCGGAAUUUGGAUGAUGUGGUGAGGACGCCGGCGCCGUGGGAUGUGGAGGGGUUGAUGGCGCUUAAGAAGCAGGGCGGCGCUGGGGCGGGUGCAUAG